AUCAAAGAUUAGGGUGAUAGAGCAAUAAAGCAAAAACUUCACUAGUAUAUUAUUCUAUUUGUCGUCCAGUCCUAACGAUUUAUUUUCCAAUCUUCAGCCAGCAGUUUAACUCAUAGUUACUACUUACUAGUACUACAAAACCUUUCGAAAAGAAAAAGGAUCUAAAAAAGCCUCCCUACUCUCCAUCCGCUCUUCUUCUCCUUGUAUAACAAUGGCUGCUUCAUCUGCUGCAAAACAAGCAUUAGGAGCUUUAGACAAGGAAUCAUUCGUGACCCUUUUGGGGAAACUAAUAGGAGAAUCUAAAUUCGUUCAGAACAAUCCACCAGAGCUGAUCCCAGAAGAAGACAGGAUUGUGCGGCACGUGCUCGACACUCUCCUCCCCUACAGCACCACUACCGGUGGAGGCCCGCUUGUUAUCAACCAUGUCACCUACAAGCCCAAUAGAGGAAACCUGAUUGUAGAGUAUCCCGGAACUGAGCCCAAUAAAAUUCUUUCCUUUGUUGGAAUGCAUAUGGAUGUUGUUACUGCCAACCCUUCUGACUGGGAUUUUGAUCCUUUUUCGCUGAGCAUUGAUGGGGAUAAACUACGGGGACGUGGAACUACUGAUUGCCUUGGGCAUGUCGCUCUUGUAGCUGAACUUAUGAAGAAACUGGGAGAGACAAAGCCACAGCUGAAGUCCUCUGUUGUUGCUGUUUUUAUAGCCAGUGAAGAGAAUUCAUCUAUUCCUGGGGUUGGUGUGGAUGCAUUGGUUAAGGAUGGAUUGCUCGAUAAGUUGAAACAAGGGCCUUUAUUUUGGAUAGAUACAGCGGAUAAACAGCCUUGCAUUGGGACAGGUGGCAUGAUACCGUGGAAACUCCAUGUUACCGGAAAGCUUUUCCACAGUGGUUUGCCCCAUAAGGCUAUUAAUCCCUUUGAGCUAGCAAUGGAAGCACUCAAAGAGAUCCAAUUACGGUUCUAUAAAGAUUUCCCUCCUCAUCCUAAGGAACAAGUUUAUGGAUUUGCAACACCAUCAACAAUGAAACCAACUCAAUGGUCUUAUCCAGGUGGUGGAAUUAACCAAAUUCCAGCUGAAUGUACAGUUUCAGGCGAUGUUAGGUUGACUCCAUUUUACAGUGUAUCAGAUGUGCUGAAGAAGUUACAGGAGUAUGUCGAAGACAUAAAUGAAAAUAUUGAGAAGCUUGAUACUAGGGGCCCUGUUUCAAAAUAUGUGCUACCAGAUGAAAACCUAAGGGGAAGAAUCACAAUAAGUUUCGACUCGGCAAAUUCUGGAGUUGCUUGCAAUCUUGAAUCCCCUGGUUUCCAUGUCCUAUGUAAAGCGACUGAAGAGGCAGUGGGGCAUGUAAAGCCCUAUUCUAUUACUGGUAGUUUGCCACUUAUUAGAGAAUUGCAGGAUGAGGGCUUUGAUGUCCAAACUGCAGGCUAUGGCUUGAUGGCUACAUACCAUGCCAAGAAUGAGUACUGCCUUCUAACUGACUUGUGCCAGGGCUACCAAGUUUUUGCCAGUAUCAUUUCACAAUUGGAAGAUUGAUUAUUGAUCACAGGCUUCUUGAAGGCAAUAAAUCUUGCCCACCGUAUAUAUGCUGUGAAGAUUAUGGCCUUCAAUCUUCAACCUCUGCUGAGCUUACACAGUUUAUGGUCAGCAUUAAUAAUGUCUUGUUUUGGUGCGGAUUUCGGCAUACAGCAACGGCCACUGAAAAAUUAACAAGUAUGCUGAGAAGGGAACGGAUCAAUUGAGAUGCCUUUUUUUUUUUAAUUGAACCACAGCUUCUAGGAACUGAGUGCAUCUAAUUUACUGUUAUACAUUUUGGUUGUUCUUUUGAUGAAAAAGCAUACUCCUAAACAGUGGUGUAUAAGUUCUAAGACAAAAAAAAAAAAAUUUCCUGCUGAUGUUGGAAAGAAAAUUUGUGCCAAGGUACUGCCAAUACAUCCUGUAUAUGGUAGAUUUUCUACGGUAUAAGCUACCAUUUACAACUGGAA